UUGAUCUCCCACCCCUCUUUGGGUAAACCCUCGAAAUUCUAGGGUUUUCUCUCACCCAACAAAGUCACUCAAAAACCGCCAUUGUCGCAAAUUUCCAGCACCAACAAGAAGGAAAUUUGCUCGUUAUUCUCGAGGAGAGAGAAAGAGGGGCAACAAUGGGAGGAAAGUGUCCGCACAGAAAGGUGAGUAAGAGAAGAUACUCGCACAAAACUCAUCGGCGUUCCAAAUUCGAAGUUAAAGGCGACGAUAUCGUCUAUGAUGAUCUCCGGAAAACCGAUGAAGAUCGAAAACCAUUGCCGCUUGAUGAAGAUUUACCUGGAAUGGGUCAGUAUUACUGCCUUCAUUGUGACCGUUACUUCUCCAAUGUUGCUGUUAGGGAUUUGCACUUCAAGUCAAAGCGCCAUAAGAAGCGUUUGAAGAUUAUGUUAGGACCUGCACCGCACAACCAACUUGAUGCUGAACUAGCUGCUGGCAUGGGCAUGCCUGAUAAUGGUCCAAAGUUGAUGUCCAUGUGAAUUUUGCAAUGUUCUUUUUCCCUUGAAUGAUACUUUAGUAUAUAUUUUUGUUGAAAUAUGUAGCAAGAUCAGAGAAUCAUUAGAAAAAGUUGUUUUAGUAAGAAUACUUCCAGGCUUUAUUAAAAACUUCUUGUUGGGUCCUUUA